AUCUCUAUCAAAUUAACUCAAUAUUUUACCACGCUGUCCCCUCCCUCAUACUUCCUCCACCACAAUGACAACCACACAAAUAGCGCACCACCGUGACGCGGCGGAGAUCUACAAGGGCGAAGCCGUGUGCAAGCAAAAGUCACGGCUCCUCCUGGACGAAAUUCUGCUCCCGAGAGGGUUGCUUCCCUUGGACAACAUCGUGGAGAUGGGCUACAACCGAACCUCCGGCUUCGUCUGGCUCAAACAGAAGCACAAGAAGGAGCACCGCUUCACCUCCAUAGGACGCACCGUUUCCUACGACACCGAGGUUACUGCCUUCGUCGAGGAACACCGCAUGCGAAGGGUCACCGGCGUCAAGACCAAAGAACUCUUCCUCUGGGUCACCAUUUCCGAAAUCUUCGUCGAGGAGCCCGCUUGCGCUAAGAUUUCCUUCGCCAACUCCACCGGAAUUUCAAGGUCCUUUCCUCUCUCUGCUUUCUCCAUCCAAGACGAACAACAACAACAUCAACACAACACCACCAACACCGCCGUGCACAAACGGUAGGAGUAGUAGUAAUUGCCAAAAUCAUCGACAAAAAAAAUUAACAUUAUUCUGGAAUGAUUAUUUCUCAAUUUGCUUUAUUAUGUAGGUUAGUUUGAUGGAGAAUUAAGAUUGAAGGAAUGAAUUGCUACGUUACGUUGCAUGCAUGCAUAUACAUUUAUAGGUUCGGAUUUUGGUUUUAUACUGUCAAUAUUUUUAAUGAUUGAUCUGAGUGAAAUAUUAAAUAG